GAUGAUAAGGAACCAUAUAAAAUCGAAAAUUCAGCCCUUUCCAGUCAUCAGUUCCUCUCUGCCUUUUGUGAAUAGACCAACUAAUACAAUAAGGUGAAAAUGCGUGGAAUUAUUGUUGUAUUGGCCAUGGUACUGGCAGUGACCCUCGCAAGGUACGUUAGGAGGCACCCAGCCGAUGUGGCAAUGACAAGAGCGAAGAUUCACCUGAAGAGGAACAUAAACGACCCCGAACUUUUCAAACAACUUGGCGAUUUCUUCCACAGGAUGCACUCCGCUUCGAUCAGAUGUAGUCCCGGACUUCUUGAUGAAGGUUGCAGCAAUGGAGGAAUACCCGGAUCUGGAACCGAUGCCGAUUGGAUUAAUAACUACGGACCAGGCAAAAGGUGCGUCAACAUCUUGAGUGAAAGUUGCGACAACGGCGGCAUUCCCGGAGCUGGUUCCGAUGACGAUUGGAUCCACGACAACUCUCCAGGCAAAAGGUGCGCAAACAUUCUCGACGAGGGAUGCAAUAAUGGUGGUGUUCCCGGAUCUGGAUCUGAUGCUGACUGGAUCAACAACAACUCACCCGGAAAAUAAUGAAAAAAUCCAAGAUAACACCAAUUAAUUAAUCACAUAUUAGCUCUGAAGACUCCCCAAUAAC